GCAGACCCAACUUUCGCCACUACAAUGCCUGCCACGAGUUUUAGCGGAGACCCUAAGGUUCGCUAGCACGGCGCAGUUUAUCUAAUCUAAAUGUAACAGUAGGUAGGUACCUACUGUGUAAAAUUGACAAAUUAAAUAAAGGUUGCAUUAGUUUUGAGUUUUGCCAAUAAAAAAGUUCAUGAAUGUCAGUUUUGACAACAAAGCCAAAGUUCUAAUUUGAUUGUAACCAAAAAUAUUGAAGCAAAAUCCUCGAUUUAUCAAUAAAUUUAUUAGCAAACUUAUCUGAAAAUGGCUGGAGCUGCGCGCGAAACCGUACGUGCUGCAUGCAGGGAAGUGAGGCCAAUCAUGUCGACCGAUUUUUGGGAAGCUCGCAGACGAGUCCUUGGACUAUACAAAGCGUUUUAUCGCUAUGUUCCAUACAUAAUCAAGUACUUCGACGUCCCCAAAACGGAGCAGGACUGUCGUUGCAAAAUCCGAGAGUACUUUUAUAAGAACGCCUGCGUGACGGACAUUCGUGUCAUUGACAUUUUGGUGCUUAAGGGUUACAUGGAACUAAAAGAAAUAACUCAUUCGUGGGCACAGAAAGGUCACAUAAUGGCAUAUUGGCAGCCAACGUUGGAGCCGAAGCCGUGCGAUUUCAUUGGCAAGUUCUUGAAUGGAGUGGAUUAAUAAUAAUAAUUUUGAAUUUAUUAAUAUAAAAUCUUUUGACACUGAUUAUUAGGUACCUACUGUUUAUUAAUAAAAACAUACCUAAGUAACUUAACUUACGUAAUUUUAAUGGUAAUUUAAAUACCUACCUACUUCCGGAUCUGGAAUUGGUCACCGGAAAUCAUUAAUCAUCACUUACCAUCAGGUGAGAUACAGGCCAAGAGCUUCCUCGUUGUGGAUAAAAAAAGAAUCUCGAUUCUCACUCGUUUUCAAUAAAAUUAUUUCAAUUGGUGGCUGGGCAUCGAACCUCGGACCUUCGUAAUCUAUGUAUAUUCUAUAGAGACGAAUACUCUAACCACUAAGCCACGAAAUCACAAUUAGUGAAGGUAAUAUAGCUAUUAGAUCGUUAGAUAAGGAAACUGAAGGAAAUGGAAACUAGAGACUAGGAAGAAAAUCAAUUAGUCUACAGUCAUCCUCCUACGUAGAUAAGUAGUGCGAUAAGUAAAAUGCUAUUAAAAAUUCAUAACAAUUUCCAAUUUUAUUGAUCACGUACAUUCCAAAUCACUUGCCUUCCAAAGGCUCAUUGACUAUUCAAUAAACAUAGGUAGGCAUUUAUUUAUUUUUCUAUUUUAAGAUCGUGUUAAAAUAAUAGUUAACAUUGAAACUAAUGUAACACAAGUGCGUAACAAAUAAACAAGUAGUAAAUUAUAGUUCACAACCAUAAAAUUACAAUAUUUUAUGAUAAAUUAUUGUACAGUAUAAUCCUCCUGUUAUAAAAAGAACAUUCUACAGGAAAUCUAGGAUCUAUAAAAUAAAUCAUUAGAAACUUUAUAAUAUCGGCCACGCUGUCAUUAGACUAUAUUAUUAUCUUAAAUAUUAAUAUAUUUAUGGAAGAUCCACGAUGAACCGUAAACAACGUACAAAAACUUUUGUCUUUUCAGAUAAAUAUGUUAUAAAUUCCCAAUGACAAAAAAUAAUCCUGAUUAGGUAUGAAGUGUUAGGUAUCUAAAAUAAAAAGUGGCAACUUAAUAAUAGUUAGGUAAUUCUGGUAGAGUUAAUGAACCGAUUUUUCAAUCGUCAAAUAAUAAGUACCUAUGUAAUUUGAAGUAAUUUAUGUCAGAAAGUAGGAAUUAGGUAAAAUCUGUUUUUCAGUUAAAAGGACUUGAAUGCUUAGCAGAUAAGUAGAUAUGAAAAUAAUCUGCUAAAAAGGGUCUCUCUUCCGAUAAAAAUUAAGGCGACAGAAAAAUCGGUCCUACGUGUUUUAUUGUAUUCGGGGAAGUCAUUUUUGUACACUCAUCUGUUUAGCGUAAUAGAUAUUAAUGAUUACGGACGUUAAACGUUAUUAUUUGUUCCCUCCUUGCAAUAAAUACAGUACUAUCCGUUCGCGAUAAGUUUGCCGCUGGCGAUAUGACGUCACUCGAAGUAAUGCGUCAAUAACUUUAGCAAACUAUUUUGAAAAUAUUUUUUAUUUAUUAAUAUUGAUAAAAAUUGAGUAUUUGCGUAAAAUAAAACACUUAAUUGCGUUUAAUCACUAACAAAUUGCGUUUUAUCGCGGUUGGAGAAGGGGACGCGCAUUCCACGGACCGGCAAACUUAGCGCGAA